AUGUCAUCAAUUCUCCGCCAGAUAGUCGCUGGUCCAAGACUACAACACCCAGAAGCAGGGCUAGAUCUCUGCUAUGUGACAGACAAUGUCAUCGCAACCUCCGGACCAUCAUCAACAUACCCAAAGCGCGCCUACCGCAACCCACUAGACGCACUGGUCAACUUCCUCGACACGAAACAUGGCGCAAACUGGUGCAUCUGGGAAUUCCGCGCCGAAGGCACAGGAUACCCAGACUCAGAGGUCUACGGGCGCAUCCACCAUUUCCCCUGGCCAGACCACCACCCACCGCCAUUCGCGCAUAUUCCGAACAUAAUGGGCAGCAUGCGGAACUGGCUACAGCGACUAGACGAGGAAAAAGUCUCACCAGACACGGACAAUAACGAACGGGUCGCCGUCGUGCACUGCAAAGCAGGCAAAGGGCGCAGCGGGACGAUCGCGUGCGCAUACCUGAUUAGCCAGGAGGGGUGGAAGAAGGAGGACGCGCUGCAGCGGUUUACGGAUCGGCGCAUGCGGGUCGGAUUCGGAAACGGCGUCAGCAUCCCCAGCCAGCUGCGGUAUGUCGGGUAUAUCGAUAAGUGGGCGAACCAGAUGGGGAAGCAGUAUGUCGAGCGGCCAGUGGAGAUACUGGAAGUUCAUAUCUGGGGGUUGAGGGAUGGAGUUAAGGUUGCGGUGGAGGGGUAUGUGGAUGAGGGGAAGAAGAUUAAAUGUUUUCAUAUGUUCCAUCGGAAUGAGCGUACCAUCGUUGAAGACGGGGGCUCGACGUCUGAGGAACAAGAGGCUCCCACGUCAAAUCCCAACUCGGACCCCAAGAUCAAGAAUCCAAUCCCGUCGUCUGCGACCUGGUCCCCCAUGGUAUCAGGAUCAGACGUCUCCGGCUCAUCGUCCUCAGUGGGCAACAAUGUCUCAGCAAUGAUCUUCAAACCCAACAACCCAGUCAUUGUCCCCAGCUCGGAUGUGAACAUCGACUUCGAGCGCCGCAGCAAAGCAUCCUACACCGGCUUCGCGAUGGUAACCUCCAUCGCGCACGUAUGGUUCAACCCCUACUUCGAAGGCGGAGCCGAGCACGACUCGGGCGUCUUCGAGACAGAAUGGGACGCGAUGGAUGGGAUCAAGGGGAGCGCGAGAAAGGGGAUACGGGCGUUAGACAAGCUGAAAGUUGUAUGGCGGUAUCCUGCGGCAGAGACCGUGGAAGCCAGUGCAGCUAGCAAGAGCAAGGGGGAAGGGAAGAAGAGCGAGAAUAGCCUGCCGGUAGCGGGGAGGCCGAUCAGCGAGCCCAGACCUGGUGAUCCCAUCCAUGAAAGCGAGCCGCCUGACUGGCGCGGACUGCCGCAGGGAGAUAAGAAGGAGAACCGGUCUCCUUCCGAGAGUUCGUCGCAGAAAAGUAUUGCUGCGAGCAUCUCGGACAAGACUAAGGAGCUGGGACAUACCCUGGAGAAGGAACUUGGACUGCGGAAGCAGACGGGUGAUAGUCGGGAUGUUAGUCUUGCUGGGAGCGAUGAUGAGACAACCACUACCACCGAUGAUGAGGGCCGGAAGGUCAAAGUUAAGAAGGCGCAUAGUGAAGGGCUUGAGGGGAUGAAGACGAAUUAUGCGAAGAAUGGGGAGGGAGGAGGAUAA